CCGGGGUACGGAGCGAUGGGGAACUCUCCCCAGGGUACGGAGCGAUGGGGAACUCUCCCUGGUGUAUGGAGCGAUGGGGAACUCUCCCCAAUGUACAGAUCGAUGGAGGACUCUCCCCAGGGUACAGGGCGAUGGGGAAAUCUCCCCGGGGUACAGAGUAACCGGGCUCUGACCGCUCUCUCUCCCCCUGCUCUCUCUCCCCCCGCUCUCUCUCCCCCAGGCCUGGACGGUCUGAACGAACGCUGUGCCCAGUAUAAGAAGGACGGGGCUGACUUUGCCAAGUGGCGCUGUGUCCUGAAGAUCACUGACACCACUCCAUCAGCUCUCGCCAUCAUGGAGAAUGCCAACGUCCUCGCCCGCUACGCCAGUAUUUGUCAGCAGAACUGCAUUGUCCCGAUCGUGGAGCCGGAGAUCCUGCCUGACGGAAGCCAUGAUCUGAAACGAUGCCAGUACGUCACAGAGAAGGUUCUGGCUGCUGUUUACAAAGCCCUGAGUGACCACCACAUUUACCUGGAGGGAACCCUGCUCAAACCCAACAUGGUGACCCCUGGCCACUCCUGCACCCAGAAAUACACCUCUGAGGAAAUCGCCAUGGCAACAGUGACCGCCCUGAGACGCACCGUACCCCCCGCUGUGCCAGGCAUCACCUUCCUGUCUGGGGGUCAAAGUGAGGAGGAGGCUUCCAUUAACCUGAACGCCAUCAACAAGUGCCCUCUUCACAAGCCCUGGGCCUUGACCUUCUCCUACGGGAGAGCUCUGCAAGCUUCCGCUCUCAAAGCCUGGUCUGGGAAGAAGGAACAGACCCCCGCAGCCGAGGCCGAGUUUAUUAAACGUGCUCAGGCGAACGGACUGGCUGCUCAGGGGAAGUACACAGCCACCAGUGACGCUGGUGCUGCUGCUGGGCAGUCCCUCUUCAUUGCUGGCCACGCUUACUGAGGAGAUCACCACCACCACCACCACCGCAGGGAGGGGAGGGGAGGGAGAGGGGGCCAGAUAGCCCCGAAGGUCGUGUGGCUUCCCCUGACCUCUCCAUCCUCCCCCCGAACCCAGCAUCCUUCGCAAGGGUCAGAACCCGGAGUUAACAUCAGCCUGCCUCCCCCCCUCACCCCAACCAUGACACUCCUGCUGGGCUGGGUCUCCUAACAACCCGAGGGGAGAUCCUCGUCUCCCCCGCACUCCCGACGUGCUGAUGUUGUGAUGUCGUUGUGUUGAGCUGUCUCGUAUACUGGUCUGUGUUUUCCCCCCCCCUCCCCUCCCUCCAGCCCUCCCUGUCCCGCUGUAACCUCUCCUCCCGCUCCCCCCCCUCCCCCUCACUAACCGAGCUGUCCUCUGUCUCUGUGUGGGUCGCCCAGUAAUCGCACAGGCACUCCUCUGUGUCCAGACACUGAACUCCAAACGGGAAGCUGUCUCACCUGUCAGUAGAUCACUCAGAGUGGAAUAAAUGUGGAAUAUAUUUAACCAA